GGGAACCGUCCCCCGCCGCCGGCCCGAGGAGCGGGCCGCCGGCUCGCGCUCCGCUCGCGCUCCCGCCGCGCCGGCCCCAGGGGUCGAAAUGCGGGCGGCGCGUUAGCCCCCCUCCCCUCCGCUCCCCUGGGCCGCAGUCGGGUUGGGACGGUAAGCUGGCAGCCUCGCAAAGAUGCCUCUGCACGCCACGAGAGCCGCGGCAAUCCUCGCUUGGGUGAACAGUACAGAAGUCUGUACAGAUCCCCUCGAUGAUCUGUCGCAGCUCCAGGACUGCAGCGUCUUCAUCAAGAUCAUCAACAAAAUCCACAGGACGGAGGAGGGGGAGUCGGUUCUGGAGCGGCCGCUGCCGGAGAGGAUCGCCUUCGUCCGCGGCUUUCUGCAGAAGCACUGCAAGCACAAGUCGGCCAUGGAGAACCUGGUGUCGGCGCAGAAGCUCCUGGAGGCGGAGGAGCUGGAGUUGGCCAAGGUGGCCGUACUGCUGCUCUACCACACCUCCAUGAGCAGCAAAAGCCCUAGGAACUGGAACGAGCUUGACUACAAGAUCCAGGUCGAGCUGGCGACAGUCCUCAAAUUCGUGCUGGACAACGAAGAGAGCCUGAACGAGAACCUGGAGACGUUCCUGCAGAGGAAAGCGCCCCUGUCCUCAUCCAGCACGAGCUCUGAGGAGCAUUCCCCUGUGUUCUCCCACCCGCACAAGCGAGAGGUGCGUUUCCUGGAGCUGCAGAAGAUUGCCUCCUCCUCCUCCAGUGUGAACAAAAUCCUCCCCGGCGCGCCCUCCUCGCCCGUGGGGGACGUCAUGCAGACGCCGCAGUUCCAGCUGAGACGGCUGAAGAAGCAGCUGGCUGCUGAGAGAGAGAACCGGGACGAGCUGGAGAUGGAGCUGGCGGAGAACCGCAAGCUCAUCACAGAGAAGGAGGCCCAGAUCACCGUGAUGCAGCAGCGGAUUGACCGCCUGACUCUGCUCAACGAGAGGCAGGCCGCCGACCAGCUGGAGCCCAAGGCAGUGGAGGAGCUGAGGGAGAAGAACGAGAGCCUGAUGAUGCGUUUGCAUGAGGCCCUAAAGCAGUGUCAGGAUCUGAAGACUGAAAAAGGCCAGAUGGACCGAAAAAUCAACCAGCUGUCAGAGGAGAACGGGGACCUUUCGUUCAAGCUGCGGGAGAUCGCCAGCCACUUGGUCCAGCUCCAGGAAGCCCUGAACGAGCUCUCCGAGGAGCACAACGCAGCGCUGACGCAGUCGCAGGAAAAGCAGACGCAGCUGGAGAGCGAGCUGCGUGCCGCCCUGCAAGAGAAGAAAUGCUUGGAAGAGAAGAUUGAGAUUCUCCAGGGGAAGAUUUCCCUGCUGGAGGACCAGCUGGCAAAGCUGAAGGACUGCAACACGCAGGAGAAAGGAGAGGUCAUGGGGGAUGUCCUCAAGCUUGAAGAGCUAAAGCAGGAGGUGUCCAGCCUCACUGCUAAAGUGAUCGAGCUCCAAGCCACCAUCCUGCGGCUAGAAGAAGAAAAGAGUCUGCGAGAGGCAAACCUGCAGUCUGAGCGGAGCCGCUUUGAGGAAGAGAAGCUCCAGCUCAGCAGCCUCAUCGCCAGCCUCCAGAGCUCCGUCUCAGAGAUCCAUCUGGCCAAGGAGAAGCUGGAGCAGGACUUGCAGGUGCAGGAGGCGCGCCUGACGGCCCAGGUGAACACCCUCACGGCAGAGAUCAGCAAGCUCAAUGGCUUCCUGCUCCAGAAGGAGCAAGAGCUGGUGAUGCUGCAGCAGCAGGUGGAGGAGGAGCGGGCCCAGAAGGGCCGACUGACGGAGGACCUCCGUAACCAAGAGCAGGCAUCCCGGGAGACCAUCAAGGGGCUGAGCCUCCAGGUGGACCAGCUCAGCAGCACCCUGAAGCACAGCGAGGAGAAGCUGGUGCUGGUCACCCAGGAGAUGGAGGCAACAUGUGAGGGUGAAGCCAGGCAGCUGGCCGCCCUCAGAGAUGAGCACGAGAAAGCUGUCCAAGAAAGGGACUCAGCUCUGCAGCAGCUACAGCAUUUCCAGCAGGCAAAUGAAGCAGAGCUGGCAGCUCUGAGCAGCCAGCUACAGACCUUGGAGAAAGCCAGAGAGGCCAGCCAAGCCACAUCUGUGCAAAUGCAGAAAGAGAAGGCUGAAUUGAACGAGAAGGUUCAAGAGUUGGAAGCCAGGAUCCUUGAGCUCACUGCCCAGUGCCAGCAGAGCAUGGACCAAGUGGGAACAGCAGAGACGCUAAAAGCCCAGCUCCGAGACCUCGAGAAUAAGCUGAAAGAAAGUCAGCAAAAACUCGCAGAUAAGGAGAAGUUGGCCAAGGAGAACUCCCGCCUGCAGGAGCGGCUGCUGUUUCUGGAGGAGUCUGUGCGAAACACAGAGGGGAUUCUGGAGGACGAGAAGAGGAGGGCGUCUGAGAGCCUGGAGGGGAAUCUCGCCAGGAUUGCAGAGCUGGAGUCGGAGAAACAGCAGCUCACACAGCGCCGAGACAAGGCUCUCCAGGAGAAAGGUGAGGAGCAGGCAAAGAGACAAACACUUGAGAUGCAGCUGCAGCAGCUGAGAGAGGAGUACGGAGCGAAGACCGAGGUGCUGCAGAGUCAGCUGGCAGAAGCUGCUAAAGGGGAGGAAGGAGAGCGUGCGAAACUGGAGGAGCAGGUGAGGGUCCUGCACAGUGAUCACGCCCAGACCUGCCAGCAGCUGCAGGCUGAACAGGAGAAAGUGGCUGGGCUGGAGGCCCAGAUGAAGCACCUGGUCACUGAGCAUCAGGAAAGGCUGGCUGUGCUCCAGGCAGACCUGUCCAGUGCCCAGGCACAGGCAAAGGAGAAGGAAGGCAAGGAGCAAAAGCUAAGGGCAGAGGUCUCCUCUCUGCAGGAGAAGAUCACAACCGCAGACCAAGCUGCGGCCAAGUGCAGAGCUCAGCUGGAGGCAGAAGUGCGGAAGGCAACCGAGAUGCUCAAGGGAGUCUCCAAGGAAUUGUCCGAUGAAAAGCUCAAGUCUAAGGAGCUCGAAGCUACAGUCAAACGCCUCGGAGAGCAGGCAAGCGAGAGGCUGACGAGCGUGGAAGCCGACCUCUCUCGCACCACUUCUGUUGUGAGGGAGAGAGAGAUGGAAGUGGAGAGACUCUCUGGUGAGGUGACCCUGUUGAGUGCCAGGCUGGAAGAAACGCUGCAGAAACACAAGCAGGAACUUGCGCAUCGGGACGAGGAAGCGACGUGCCUGCGGAAGGAGGUGGAGCAAGCCAGGGCGGACUGUGCCGCAGAGAAAGCCCGCAAGGCAGAGCUGGAGGUGCAGCUGCAGAACUCCAUCAACGAGCAGAGGGUGGAGCGGUCCACGCACCAGGAGGAGCUGGCCCGGUCCCUGGAGCUCAUCGAGGAGAAGGAAGGGGAGCUGGAUGAGCUCCGUCUGAAAAACGUCUCGCGGGGCGAGGAGAUGAGAGACCUGCAGAAGACUGUCUGUAAGCUGAAAGGAGAACUUGCUUCGGUAGAGGCGGUGAAGGAGCGGGCAUCAAAGAUGGAUAAUGAGCUGCAAGGCUUCCUGGAGGCUGCCAGGACCCAGGAUGUAGAGCUGGACAGUAUCAAGGCUGUUUAUUCAAAGGAGAUGUCCCUCAAAAGCUUGGAGGAGAAGAUCCGUCACAGAGAGCAGGAAUCCAGCUCAAGCCAAGACCUUUACCAGGACAAGCCAAAAGAGACUCAGCUUCUCCACUUGCAAAUUAAGUAUCUGGAGCAGAAAUGCAGGGAACAGCAAGACGCUAUUGCUGUCCUAGAGAAAGUAGCAGCUGGAGCCAAAGCUACUGAGCUCCAGCAAGGAGAGCUGGAGACCUUGAGGAGGGAAGUGGUUCAGCAGAAGGAGAAGGCAUCAGAGCUGCAGAAGCUGCUAGAGGCCUCGAAAUCAGCACAAGCUCUACAAGAUGGCACUAUAGAGACCCUGAAGAAAGAGCUGCAGGACAAGGGUAAAGAGCUGAUUCAGAGUAAAAAUGCCAUUGCUGCUGCAGAGAAGGAGCUGGCGUCCCUCCGCUCUGCAGCUCAGGAGAAAGGCAGAUCGGAGGAGAGCUGGAAAGAACAAGUGGCCCAAUGCAUCCAGGAGAUGGAGAGGAAGAACAGCCUCAUCGGCAGCCUGGAGCACGAAGUGUCCAUCCUUCACCGGCAGGUCACGGAGAAGGAGGGGGAGAGCAAGGAGCUGAAGCGCCUGGUUGUUGCUGAGUCGGAGAAGAGCAAGAAGCUGGAGGAGAGGCUGCGGAUGCUCCAGACGGAAAUGGCCACGGCGGCUUCGCGGGCGGCCGAGAGGUGCUCGCUCAUGAAGGUGGAGGUGCAGCGCUGCCAGGAAGAGAUGGAGAAGCAGCGGUUGACCAUUGAGGCCCUGAAGAGGGAGCGCCACUGCCAGAGCGAACGCGAGGAAGAGCUCCGUCAGGAGGUGAAGGUCUGCCAGGACAAAUACUUCCAGAAGGAGCAGCUCCUCUCCUCUCUGCAGCAGGAGCUCAGCAAUGCCCAAGCCCUCGCCGGGGAGCUGAUGCCGCUGAAGCCCCUGUGCCAGCAGCUGCAGGCAGAGCGCGCCUCGCUGGAGAGCAAGCACCGCGACGACCUGGAGCAGCGGGUGAAAGCCGUCAGCGCUCUGCAGGCAGAACUCACCAGAGCCAAGCUGGAAGUGGCAGAGCUGCCUGCUCUGAGAGAGAAGUCCUUGGAGCAGGACCGGGCAAUGCAGAAGCUGCAGAAAGAGAACGCUGACUAUGCAGAGCGGCUCGCUGGGCUCCAGCAGGCCAACGCCAGGCUGUCCGAAGAGAACCGAGGGCUCAGCGAGACCUCCAGCCACGGGCAGCAGCGCUUCGACGCUGAGCUCGGCCACGUGCGGGAGAAGCACGCUCGGGAGCUGGAGCGUCUCAGGCUGGAGUCGGAGAAGCUCGCGGCAGGCAGCAGGCAGGAGGCCGACGAAGCUGCGAAGAAGCUGGAGGCGAUGAGCAGCAAGUACGAGAGCACCAAGAUGAAGCUGCUGGAGGAGAGGCAGAAGUUCCAGGAGGAGAGGCAGAAGCUGGUGACUCAGGUGGAGCAGCUAGAGGUAUUUCAGAAAGAACAAGCUAAGCAGGCGGAGGAGCUGAGCAAGAAGCUGAGCCAGCACGAGAAGGCCACCCGAGCCCAGCAGCAGCGAGUUAAGGUGCUGGAAGGGGAGCUGCAGACGGAGGCCACGCGCCGGCAGGAGAAGGUGGCCGAGCUCCAGGAGCAGCUCGCCCAGAAGGAGCAGGCGGCCGAGCACUACAAAGCGCAGAUGGAGAAGGCGAAGACUCACUACGACGCAAAGAAGCAGCAGAAUCAGGACCUGGCGGAGAAGCUGAAGGCGAUGGAGCAGCUGCAGAAGGAGAACGCCGAGCUCAAGGCAGAGUCGGAGAAGCUGGCCAAGGAGCUGCAGCAGAGCAUCCUGCAGGCCAAGGAGUCGGAGCUGAGCUGCAGGAACCUCACCAGCCAGGUCCGCAGCCUGGAGGCUCAGGUGGAGUUCGCCGAUCGUCAGCUGCGGGAGCUCGGCAAGUUCCAGGUGGCGACGGACACGCUGAAGAGCCGGGAGACCUUCCGCCAGAACCCAGCCGACCUCAGCACCGACAGCCUGGAGAUGAGCAUGGACGAAGCGCAGCCGCUCAACUCCACCAGGAAGCCCAGCCGCUCGCAGUCGGAGGCCUCGGCCGUGCCAGGCGGCGCGGAGUCGCCGGCGUCUCGGCGGCUGCCUCGCAAGGUGGAGUCCCUGGAGAGCCUCUACUUCACCCCCAUCCCCAGCCGCGCGCAGGCCAAGCUGGAGAGCAGCGCCAGCUCCCUGGGCGACCUGUCGCUGGACUCGGGCUGCAGGACCCGCUCGGCGCGGCGCCGGACCACGCAGAUCAUCAACAUCACCAUGACUAAAAAACAGGCCAAGGCGGGGGAACCAGACAGCGCCGAUGCGUCCUUCUGCAGCAUCCCGUCGGCUCAGCCCCCGCGCGCUGCCCCCGGGAAGGGCAGGCUGCGCUCGGCCGCCUCCGCCCGCUCCCUCGCCAGCUUCCCCUCUCAGGAAUCCCUGGUCAAGCUGGAAACCUCCUCGCCGCAGGAGACCCCGGGCAACUCGGCGCUGAUGAGCCUCCCCGGCUACCGGCCGACCACCCGCAGCUCCCUGCGGCGCUCCCUGGCCGCCAGCAGCUCCAGCCUCGGCCGGAGCAGCAUCUACCUGGGCACGUGCCAGGACGAGCCGGAGCAGCUGGACGACUGGAACCGCAUCGCAGAGCUGCAGCAGCGCAACCGUGUGUGUCCGCCCCACCUGAAGACCUGCUACCCCCUGGAGAGCAGGCCCUCCAACUCCCUGGGCACCAUCACGGACGAGGAGAUGAAGACGGGCGACCCCAAGGAGACGCUGCGGCGCGCCAGCAUGCAGCCCUCGCAGAUCGCCGAGAGCGUGGCGGCCCGGCGCAGCACCCUGAGCGCCGCCUGGCCCGGCAUCACCACCCGGCAGCAGCGGAAGCGCCUCUCGGACGAGUCCCACCAGGGCCCCGACACCCCCGAGUCCAAGAAGUCCGUCAGCUGUUUCCCGCGUCCCCAGACGCCGCGGGAGCGCAGCGAGCGCCGCAGCUCCCAGCUCAGCCGGCGGAGCGAGCAGCAGCCGGCGGGCGGCAAGCAGGCCGAGCGGCGCCAGUCCAUGGCCUUCAGCAUCCUCAACACGCCGAAGAAGCUGGGCAACAGCCUCCUGCGCCGGGCGGCCGGCAGGAAAACCACUCCCAAGAACUCGCCGCGCGGCGGCACCCGCCGCUCACCCCGCAUCGCCACGGCCAAGUCCCCCCGGGGCAAGGCCGCUCGCCGUGCGCUCAAGGACGGGAAAUUCUGAGGUUUCCCUGCGCCGCGCCAGGCUGGGGGAGAACAGCCCCCCCAGGGACCUGCGCUGCCCCUGUCCCCCCCCGCCCCUUACCUCUCCCCGCCGGCCCCCAGUGCCGCCGGGGGGCUGGGGAGGGAGAGGGGGUCAGCCUGCUCUCCAAGGCUGGCCCCCCAUUGCCCCAGUCCCCCUGCUGCUGCAGGGCCAGGGGCUGCUUGCGCUGCCCCGGGGCAGCGUUUGCACCCCCUGAGCCCCCCACCCGCCUGCUCUGCUGCCGCAGCCCCACGGCAGUGUGGGGACGGGCGGCACAGCCCCCCCUGCGGGUUUGGGAGCCCGGGGGGCGGCCGUGCUGGAGGGAUGGGAGCAGCGACGCUCGUCCCCCGUGGCUGCGGUCUGGCGCUGGCCCCGAGGGGGGACCUGGCUCCCACCCGCCUGCCGCUGCCCUCCUGGCACAGGGUGGUGGCAGGGGGGUGGUGGCAUUUUUAAAGUGUUUCUACUUGUAAAUAAAUUGUAUUUUUCUCCUG